ACCUUCUUCUUUUCUUCCUAGUCAAGCUUUAACAUUGCUUUAACUCCUUACAAUAAACCAAUCGACAAAGCAAUCCUCUCUCUCUCUUUUUCCCAAAAAGAAGAAUAAAGAAAAGCAACAAAGAUGAUGAUGAUGUCAAUUUUCAGUUCGUUUGAUGUUCUCUCCGCUGAGAUUUUCGGCCAAAAGCUCACCCGCUCUUGGCCACCGGCCACUUCCGACAACAAACAACAACCAGGUAUGGGCCCUACUGUAUCAGAUCGCAAGACCGCUGCGGUUUCUCUGCCGUCUACUUCUUCUACUGGUGGACUGAACAAGG